AUAUGACAAGUCGUUUGCAUGUUACAACAGGUAACACACCUGUCUCCCAAGGCAAGGGUUCUAUUCAUGAGGACUAGACAAACCCAAACACAUUAUUUUCAAAUCUCCACCACAGCAGUGACACAUUUGACUGCUCGGAAUUGCACAGACUUCUACCUUCCAGCCCUUUCACUGCUUCUGUUUCAUGGUGUCUGGUCUAAUUUUUCAAAAUGUCGGCAAUGGUGGACACAUUAUCAUUGCUUUCAUCCUUACAUGAUGACGGCAGAAAUGAAAGCUUUAUAGAGCCUCACUACAAGGAAUGGUACCGGGUGGCCAUUGAUGCUUUAAUUGAUGGAGGCAUUGCUUCAUAUGAAGAUUUUCUUAAUAAGGAAAGAGCUACAGAAUUCCUUGCAGAGGAUGAACUCAAUUACAUCACAAAUCACAUACAGAAACCAGUGGAGAAUGGGGACAGUUCACAAGGAUAUUCAACAGAUGAUAAUUCAUCUUCUGGAACUUAUUGGCCUAUGGAGUCUGAUGUAGAAGCACCAAAUCUUGACCUCGGCUGGCCAUAUGUGGCACCAGGACAAAUAGGAGCUACAGACAUAGGCCUUUAUUUUAAUCCACCAAGAGGACAUCCUCUCACAAUUAAAGAAAUGAUCAGAAAGAGUAUUAAAGAAGCUAGAAAGGUGAUAGCCAUUGUCAUGGACAUGUUUACUGAUAUUGAUAUCUUCAAAGAACUUGUGGAAGCCUCAACUAGAGGAGUUCCUGUCUAUCUACUUCUUGAUGAUGCAAAUUUUCCACAUUUUUUGAAGAUGGCAGAGAAACAGGGGUUACAAGUUCAAAGACUAAGGAACAUGAGAGUACGAACAGUCAAAGGGCAAGAAUAUUUUUCUAAGUCAGGAGCAAAAUUCUGUGGAAAAAUGGAACAGAAGUUUCUACUAGUUGACUGUGAGAGGGUCAUGUAUGGAACUUACAGCUUCAUGUGGUCAUAUGAAAAAGUUCACUUAAGUAUGAUUCAAGUAAUCACUGGAAAACUAGUGGAGUGCUUUGAUGAGGAAUUUCGAACACUCUAUGCUCGUUCCACUAUCCCUGCAGCAUUUGGACCAGAGGUAUCUGUGACUGGAAAACACCAAAAAGUCCCAUGGGAAAAUGGAUCAUACCAGAAUUCAAUAUCUUCUUUACUCUCCGCUUCAAGUCAAAGAAGCCUCUUUGGAAGAAAAGAGCAAAUAAGCAUAUUAGAUUCUUCAUAUUUAAAAUCAAGAAGUAGAUUUGUUAACAAUGAAGAAGAAAAAUACAAUAUGAGAAAUUUGUCAUAUAGAGGAUUCAAUGUCCAAAAUAAAGUGAAUCAGUUUCAGCAGUUUGAGCGGAAUGACAACUGGAAACGACAUAGUUAUGCAGCAGGAGAAAAGACAGAUGUAUCUCCUUAUUUAAUGCUAAAUAGAGCUUCAAACAGUAGAAUUAAUCAUCAACCUGUUCACUGGAAUAGACAUCUUGAUGUUGGUAGCAUAGGGUCAUUAUCCAGGGGUGGUUACUCAAGUAAUUAUAAUGGAUCUACAACUCAAAGCUUUGCUAAUCGUUUGUCCCAAAGAUUAACACCAAAUGUUUCUGAAAGAAAUUCAAGCGUACGAAGAUCUUUUCAUGGAACAGACAAUCAUGUGCGUUCAGUACAGCAGAGAAUGCCCACUUUGGAGCACACUACCAAGUCAUUUCUUCGAAACUGGAGGAUUGAAUCAUACUUAAAUGAUCACUCUGAUAUACCACCAGAAUCAAGUGAAAUAGAGUUAAACAGAGGCGAUGGUAAUGAGAUAGCUGACAGUUCAAUAGAUAAUUCAUUGUACAGUCAGUCAAGACUACGGACAUCAAUUCUGUACAAGUCAACUUUGCCAGAACAAAAAGAAACCACUAGCAGUACAACAAACUCUUCUCAUUCAAAUUCAACUAUUAUUGAUUCUCAAGGGAGCCAAACUCCAAAAUCUUCACCAUUAAAUGUUAGGGUUUCAGAGCCGAAAGAAGUUAAUCAUUUUCCAAGUUAUGAUACACCACAGACUUUUCAUCAUCACGAUGCAGUGAAAAGGCAUAGUCUGCAGGUUCCGCACAAUGCACAACUCAUGAACCACAGUUUUAGUUACAAUACUAAUCCAACACCAGGUUACCUGUACACAGCACUUUCCGCCAACAAACAGCCAGAUAGUAUUAGGAAACAAAAUGACACAAUUUUUAAAAGACGCAGCUUGCCGCUCUUUGAAAGUCGUAAGGUAAACUUAGACUCUAGUAACAAUGUGAUUCCACCAAACUAUAUUUAUACAUCACUUGUAAAAAGGCAACAAAAAAACUCAGCAUUUGUGACCGAUGUCCACAAUACUGAAAAGCUAGGAAAAAUCACGAGCAAUGAAAAUCAACUCGUUGGCAGUGAUACUGUUCAACCUGUUAAGGAAUACUUGUCCACUGAAACAUUGGAUGAAGACAGCAAAGACUCCCCGGGCAAGAAAGAAAAUAAAGGUUCUCCAAAUUUUCUUAAAAAAGGAUCAAAGAAACUCAAAUCACUGCUCAACCUAGCUCCAGAAAAAAAAGAAAAUCUAUCUAAAAACAAAACUCCUGCAUUCUAUAGAAUGUGCAGCAGUUCUGAUACAUUGAUCUCUGAAGAUGAUGCUGAACUAUGUCCAAAAAAAUCGGAUUCCAAAAAUGAUUCUUCUCCUCGGAAGGAGAAAACACUCUCAAUGUCACAAAUAAGUCUAAAUAAAAGUAAAGAAAAUGUUACUCUAGGAUCUAGUAGAUCGAAUAUACUCCUUUCAGAGGAUGGCAAAUCUAAUCAGUCACCAACUAUUAGUAGUGUUGAAAAUAAAUUUCUUGAAAACAUAGGUGAUGCAUCUGCUCCUCGAUUUAAUACAGAGCAAAUCCAAUUUGUAGAUACAAGGGCCCAAGUCCAUAAUAAUCCUUAUGGAAGAGUUGUAAAUCCUGCAAUGCAGAGAGAAGUAUUAAGGCAUCCAAAGGACGGCAUUCACCGAGCAUCAUCUCAUAGAGAGAUACACCAUAGUACCAUUCCCCAUAACAUGCAGAGAGAGAUGCAUUUAAGACACUCACACAGAGAUAUACAGCACAAAGAACUACCACGUAGGGAUAUGAAUAUAGUACAACCAAUGCCAGACUUUUCAAAACCUCAGGAGGACUCCAGCAUCUCUCGACCAAAUGACAGAAGGGUUUAUAGUCGUUUUGAGCAAUUUUGCAAGGCAGAAAACAAUGUACCCUCUUCUAAUACACAACCUAUCAACAAUUUAGACUAUAGAAGUAAGGGAGUUAUGCCAAGUUAUUCAAGACCACCACAAACAUUAAGUUACAACUCAAAUGUUUAUAACACGGUCCAACCAAAUGAAAAUAAAUUUGGCAGAUUCAUGCAAAAAUUUGGAAGCUUCAUUCACAAGAAACAGUAAUAACAAGGACUUUCCAAAACUAUAAUUGUAAAUAGGGUACUGUUUACUAGCUCAUUGGUGCAAGAGGAUUGGUUGUCUAUCCAUUUUGUAAAAUAUGUUUGUUUUUGUUUUUUAAUAAAAAUGUACUGUAAGCAUUAUUGCUUGUUAUUAUUAUACCUGUAGAUGUACCUGACAUGUUUUCUAUUUGCAACAACUUCUGAUAUUAAAGGGGUAGUCCUAGUUCAGUAACUGAUUCCCCUCCCAAAAAAAAUAAAAAUAAAAGAAGGCACUUAUCAAAUAUA